AUAAGAGAAAAUUUCUAAACGCAUUCAUUAUUUUUAUUUUUCAAACCUUCAGGUUUCAAAUAAUUAUUUAGUGCUUAACUAAUAAUCUUAUUAAAAAAUGAAACCUUUAAUGUUACAAGGCCACGAGCGUUCGAUAACGCAGAUCAAAUAUAACAGAGAAGGAGAUUUACUUUUCUCAUGUUCAAAGGAUAACAAGCCAAACGUUUGGUUCUCAGUAAAUGGAGAACGUCUGGGAACUUAUAAUGGACAUCAAGGAGCAGUUUGGUGUCUAGAUGUUGAUUGGACUUCAACUAAGUUCAUGAGCGGUGGAGGUGACAUGACUCUCAGACUUUGGGAUGUAGAAACUGGAACAGAAGAGUCAAAAAUCGAUACUCGCUCAUCAGUUCGUACCUGUAACUUCAGCUUCUCAGGUAAUCUCGCAGCAUAUUCUACCGACAAAGCAAUGAAUCAAGAGUGUGAACUUUUCAUCAAUGACGUUCGUACAAUGGAUAAAUCAAACUCGUCUUCAACUCCAAUUCUAAGAUUGCCGAUGGAUCACUCAAAAAUCACAUCAAUGUUGUGGUUCAUGGAUGAAACAGUCAUCACAGGACAUCAAACAGGAUUAAUUGCAUCUUACGAUUUAAGAAUGGGAAAAGAAAUAAAUUCUGUUAAAGAUCACACAGACAUCAUUCAGGAUAUGCAAUUGACUCGCGAUGGAACAAUGUUUGUGACAGCUUCGAAAGAUUCAACAGCAAAGUUAUUUGAUUCAGAUACUCUGACAUGUUUGAAGACUUACAAAACUGAACGUCCGGUGAAUUCUGCUGCAGUUAGUCCAAUUUUCGAUCAUGUUGUUCUCGGUGGUGGCCAAGAAGCUAUGGACGUGACAACAACAUCAACACGCUCUGGAAAAUUCGAUUCACGUUUCUUCCAUCUCAUCUAUGAAGAAGAAUUUGCAAGACUUAAAGGUCAUUUCGGUCCUAUCAACAGUUUGGCAUUCCAUCCCGAUGGCAAAAGUUACGCUAGUGGAGGUGAAGAUGGCUUCGUACGCGUGCAGGUUUUCGAUCAAAGCUAUUAUGAUUUGGUAUUUGAAUAAAUUUAUGUAUCUCUGUAUUAACGUGGAAAAAGAAGAAACGAUUUAAAUAUAAAAUGAAAAUUAAGUUGCAAUCGAGAUCCGAAAUCAUUUGGUCGAUGUUUGCAAUGAAAAAAAUGUUUGAAGCUUUUAUACAAACAAAUUUAUAUCGAGGCUUUUUUA